GUUUCUCUUCUCUCGUCUUAUCAUUUCGUGUGGAGUUGUAGCCUGUAUAAUCUCUAAUCAAAACACGUUCGGUCGGUGAUCCAAUAGAAUGGUUAAUCGGUUUUGCUAUCCCUUCUAGUUAAACAUCUGUGAUCCUCCAAGCAGUUUGAAGUGAAGUUAAAAAUAUCGCACAAAUGGAGUAAAGCUUGAACAGUUCUUGCUACCGAAUAUCCUUCACUACCCUUGACCAUUCGUGCUAUGACUCAGAACUUCAAGGACACAAUGAAGUCUGGAUUAAUUUAUUUGCUGCUGAUUUGCGCAUUCCUGUUUACCACUUUCUACAACGUUGCAUCAGAUGCACCAAUUCCGGCUGAAAGUGGCAGUUCGGUAAUUGGGACCACGAAGGAGCCGUCGGAUGUGAAUUUGACGCAGCCGCCAAUUGCGGUAGACCAACCGAAGGAAUCAUCUGGAAAUGAAAAAAUAGUACCAAAAAAUGCCACCACUACGAUGUCCCCGGAGAAAAACGCCGUGGAACAGGAGCAUUAUAGUUCAAUGUCCAUAUUUUUCGUGCUUUGCGUAAUUGCGCUCGGAAUUUUGUUAAUUCACAUGAUGUUACAAACCGGGUUCCAAUACCUACCGGAGAGUAUAGUUGUGGUCUUUUUGGGUGCGCUGAUAGGACUGAUUCUGAACAAUUCCUCCGUGAAGCACGUUGCCAACUGGGAGCGAGAGGAAGUGUUCUCCCCGACUGCAUUUUUUCUGGUUCUACUGCCGCCGAUUAUAUUUGAAUCGGGAUACAAUUUGCACAAAGGAAACUUUUUCCAGAACAUUGGAUCUAUUCUGGUGUUUGCGAUAAUAGGAACAACUAUUUCCGCUUUAGUCAUUGGAUCGGGCGUUUAUCUGCUUGGACUAGCAGAAGUUGCCUACCGGCUAAAUUUCGUGGAAUCAUUUGCCUUCGGUUCACUGAUUUCCGCCGUUGAUCCGGUUGCAACCGUGGCAAUCUUUCACGCUCUGGAUAUCGAUCCGAUAUUGAACAUGUUGGUAUUUGGCGAGAGCAUACUGAACGAUGCAAUUUCAAUCGUUCUGACGACCACGGUAAUGCCAAUGGUGUCCGGCUCCGAAGGGCCUGGAAGUACCGGAACGGGUGAAUCGAUCAUUUCUGCACUGAAUACGUUCUGUUUGAUGUUCUUCGCAUCGGCCGGAAUCGGAGUGGUGUUUGCACUAAUGAGUGCGUUACUUCUGAAGCACGUGGAUUUACGGAAGCAUCCCUCACUCGAGUUCGGUUUGAUGUUGGUGUUUACCUAUGCACCGUACGUUCUGGCGGAAGGCAUUCACUUAUCGGGAAUAAUGGCUAUACUAUUCUGUGGAAUCGUCAUGUCCCACUAUACCCAUUUUAACCUGUCGACGGUGACGCAAAUUACGAUGCAGCAGACAAUGCGUACGCUUGCUUUCAUAGCAGAAACGUGCGUAUUCGCUUACCUGGGAUUGGCCAUCUUUUCCUUCAAACAUCGCUGCGAACUUUCGUUCGUCAUUUGGGCUAUUAUUCUUUGUCUGAUCGGAAGAGCGUGUAACAUUUUCCCGUUGGCCUGGUUGGUGAAUCGAUUCCGCGAGCACAAAAUUACCAACAAGAUGGCCUUCAUCAUGUGGUUCUCGGGCCUACGGGGUGCCAUAUCUUACGCGCUUUCCCUGCAUUUGCAAUUUUCCAGCGAAGAAACGAGGCAUGUUGUGAUCACGACGACGCUAAUCAUCGUGCUGUUUACAACACUAUUCUUCGGUGGUUCAACGAUGCCACUCAUGAAGUAUUUGGCCGAAGGAAAGAAAAGUCGCCGGGCAAGCAGAGCUAGUCGUUUGGGCAAGAAACGGAAGGAAAAGGCCAUUUCUUUAAGUAAAACUCGUGAAUGGGGACAGGCUAUCGACUCGGAGCACUUGUCGGAACUGACGGAGGAGGAAGAAGUGAGUUUCACACAGUCCAAGCUGGUCGGUUUUGCCCGGUUAGAUAGAAAGUUUUUUAUACCUUUCUUCACGAGAAGAUUUACACAUCAGGAACUCUCCGACUGUAAGAGCCAGAUGACCGAUCUGACCAACAAAUGGUACCAGGCCAUCCGAAUCUCACCUGACGAUAUCGAGGAAGAGGACGAUGAGGAUGUGUCGGUAGCGACAUCCGAGCGGUCAACCAACAUGCUGGUAGAAAACGGAGGCAGCAGAGGCAAGCAAAAGUUGGCAGCUGAUCCAAACAGGCCAACAUUGUCCUGAUUUCGGGAGCAGCAGGAAGAUGAUUCUUCACUGUGCAACACCUCGCUAGACGUUGGAAUGGAAGUAUUUUUGUGAGUUUCGUGUUAGAAUGGGAUGGCAAAAAAAAGCAAAAUAUUUAUAUAGUUAUUGAGAACGCUUGGGUAAACCUGUAACGAUUUCGGGAUACUGAUCUGCUGUGUUGAUUGGAAAGGAAAGUAUAGCUAAUCUAUUAACAAAUUUACUGCAAAUGACACCUGUGCUAUAGGAAAGCAGUGUUAUUCUGACCGCAAAUGCGUUUAACGGGAGCUCAGUUCUUGGCAUUCGCAGAACACUACUUGUUUGUAAAAGUGAUAUGAAAUGUGUACUAGUCGAGUAUUAAGCAAAGAUUUUGUGAGUAGACCAUUCCGAAGAAAAGUUUUGUUCUAUGAAACACGCACCGUAUAUUAUAGACUAUAUAGUGGAAACAAUUUCUUCAUCAUUUCGGAAUACCGAAUUCUAUUAUAGAAUAGAAUUUUUUACGAUACCAGCUAAAUGAUAUGUUACGUUUGUUUGUUGUUCUAAGUAAUCCAUGUUUUGUAUAGUGGCAUAAAUGAUUUUGAAAAUGGU